ACCCUUGCAUUCAAGAUGUGGAAGAUUUUGGUUCUCUUUGUCGUAUUGGUGGUCGCCGUUCAAGAUACCGAAGGAUAUCGAUAUCAUCAUCAUUACGUACAUCAUUUCCGGCAUGGAAGAUGGCAUCACCAUGGUCACCAUGGAUGGCAUCAUCAUCACCACCAUCGUCACCACCAUCAUGGACGAUCGCUGGAUGAGGAUGAACAAAAGUUUUACGAAAACCUAGCAGAGAAUGUUGGCAAUAAAAUUGAAUGAUGUUGACGUGCCUUUAUGAAUGUCACUUGUUAUGUGCAAUAAAAGGCUGAAUACACUC